CUCCUACCAUCUAGAGCCUCUCUUCUUUUCCUAUACUCUUUUUAUGUUACUCUUCCAUCCUCGUAGUUAUUUUCCAGAUUUUCCUAUACUCUUCUUAUGUUACUCUUCCAUGCUUGUAGUUAUUUUCCAGAAAAUAUCUCCACUGGCGAUUCCAGCUUUGAGAGCAAAGAUUUUUGUAUAUUCUAUCAAAUCAAGCUUAAUUAGUCUCCCAACAAAACCCAACAACUUUUUGGCUUUAAGCAUCACUAAGAAAGGAAAAGCAGCUAUAGCAUAGUUAAUUAAGAAAAGCUUUUUAAUUCAAUGGAGGUCUUAUCUGCUACAUUUGACUCGCUACUCAAAAAGUUGAAUGGAUAUCUUAGUGAUCAACUACAAAAUUCAAAGAAGGAAGUUUGUGUUCAGAUGGAGAGCUGGAAGAUUCUUUUGCCCAAAAUUGCUGUUGUACUUCAACAUGCUGAAGGAAAUCAAGCUGCCAAUCAGUUCGUAAAGUCAUGUUUUAAUGAUCUCAGGGAUUUGGCUUAUGAUAUGGAGGAUAUACUUGAAGGGUUUGUGAUUGAUGCCAAGAGAUCCGAAUUGAUUGCAGGGUCUAAAGCCAAGAUCAGUAAAGGGCAGAAAGUCAAAUCCAGUUUGAAGAAUUUAUUUAGAUCUGAGGCUAAGCUGAAUCAUCUGAAUGUUAGAUUGCAACGUAUUGAAAAGGAGUUGCAUACUUUUGGCUUGAUAAAUCUGACAACGAAAGCUGUACAGAAGUCUCACAUAGUAGCUAUUGACAACCUACUUGAGAUUUCUUUGCCCGCGUCUAAGGUGUGGGGUCGAGAUGGUGAUAAAGAUGCUAUUCUUCAGAGGUUGCUAGAAAAUGGAGAUAAUCUCGAAGAAGACUUUGUUAUUCCCAUUAUCGGAAUGGGUGGAUUAGGCAAGACAACUCUUGCUCGGCUCAUUUACCAUGAUGAAAAAUUGAAAAGUAAUUUUGACUUGAAGGCAUGGGUUUGUGUUUCUGAUGAAUUUGAUGUUGCUAGAAUGACAAGAGCUAUUUUGGAACAAGUAAUUAUGAAACGGUGUGAUUUUGAUGAUUUUGAUUCACUUCAAAAAGAAUUGAAAGAGAAGUUAUCUGGGCGAAAAUUUUUGCUUGUAUUGGAUGAUGUUUGGAAUAAAGAAGAUGACCAAUGGAAUUUCUUCAAAAGACCUUUCAUGUCAGGAGUUCCUGGAAGCAAAAUAAUUGUCACAACUCGAAACAAAGAUGUUGGGACGAUGAUGAGAGGAGAUGGAGGAGUUUACAAUUUAGAAUUGUUGCAAGAUGAUGCUUGUUUACCAUUAUUUACACACCAUGCACUGGGGAAAGAGAACUUUGAUAUGCACCUAGACCUAAAAGAUGUUGGUGAGAAGCUUGUGAAGAGGUGCAAAGGAUUGCCAUUGGCACUAAAAACACUUGGUGGUAUCUUGCGGGGGGGAAUAUCGUUUCAUGAGUGGGAAAAUAUAUUAAACACUGAUAUGCGGAGUUUAUCCGGAGCAUGUGAAAUGUUUGAUACUUUGAGAUUGAGUUACAAUCAUCUUCCUGUUCACUUGAAGCGAUGCUUUGCUUAUUGUGCCUUGUUCCCUAAAGGCUAUGAAUUCGACAAUGAGAAGUUGGUUCUAUUAUGGAUGGCCGAGGGCUUGAUACAGCAACAGUCACAUGUAAAGAAGCAAAUGGAAGAGAAGAUUGGUCAUCAAUAUUUCGAAGAGUUGUUAUCAAGGUCAUUCUUUCAACAAUCAAGUGGAGUUGAAUCGCAGUUUAUAAUGCAUGAUCUCAUAAAUGAUUUAGCUAUAGAUAUUGCUGGAGAAAUAUAUUGCAAUCCUGAACCUAGCAUGGGUGAUGAAAAAUUAGAAAAGGCUCGUCAUUGGUUAUUCACUCCACAUUGUCACUUUUAUUUAUCUAGCAAUAUCUUGCAUGAUUUCUUGCCAACUUUGAAAUGCUUAAGAGUGUUGUCUCUUUGUGGACAUACAAUAAGCAAGCUACCAGAUUGUUUUGAAAAAUUGAAAUAUAUUCGAUACAUUGAUUUGUCUGGUACAAGAAUCAAAUGUAUACCUGAAUCAGUGGGUUCUCUUCUCUUUUUGCAAACACUGUUAUUAUCUGGUUGUGGAGAGCUUAUUAAGUUGCCUACAACGAUUGGGAAUCUAAUUGAUCUCUAUUAUCUUGAUAUCACUGAUACACCAUCUUUACAAGGGGUGCCAUUAGGAAUAGGUAAUCUUAAAAAUCUUGGAAUAUUAUCCACAUUUAUAGUGGGAAAGGCAAGUGGGAUGAUGAGAUUGUCUGAUUUGAAGAACUUGUCACAACUUAAAGGAAGACUAUCGAUUCUAGAUUUGCAGAAUGUUUUGGAUGUUCAAGAUGCUAAAGAGGCUGACUUAGACAAGAUCCAUGGUUUAGAAAAGUUAGUCUUGGAGUGGAUUACUUCUAAUAAUGAUCUAGAUGAAUUAGUUCUUGAAAUGCAAGUCCUCAACCAUUUAAAACCUCAUUCAAAUUUGAAAAGUCUCAAAAUUUCUUGCUAUGGUGGUGAGAGAUUCUCAAACUGGGUUUGUGAUCCAUUCUUAUUUUUGAAUUUAUCAUCCAUGGAGCUCAUCAAUUGUAAGAGAUGCACUUUGUUACCAUCACUUGGCUUACUACCUGUUCUAAAAAAAUUGAUUAUUAAAGGCAUGGAGGCAAUAAAAGCUAUAGGUUCUGAGUUUUAUGGAGGACAAGAUUGUUUUCCAUCACUAGAGGAACUAGUGUUUGAAAAUAUGUUAAAUUGGAAGGAAUGGACUUCUCCAAGGCGAAGUGAAGGUGAAUUCCCUUUUCUUCAUAGGCUUGUGAUUCAAAAUUGUCCUAAGUUGUUAGGCCAAUUACCCAACAACCUUUCUUCACUUAAAGAGUUGGAUGUUAGAGGUUGUAAUGCGAUGCUUUUGAAGAGUAUGGGUGAUUGCAUCUCCCUUGCUAAUUUGAAAAUUGAGAAAAUUUCAGAACUGACUUACUUGCCGGAGAGUUUUAUACAGUUCUUCACAGCACUUAAGACUCUGGAUAUUGAAGAUUGCAAUGAUCUUACUUGUUUGUGGGAGAAAGGAGAAGAAAUAGAACAAAAGCCUCUUGCCUUUCAAUCUUAAACAUCUUGGCUUGUGAGAUGUGGAGCUUUGGAGUCAUUACCCAAUGCAAUUAUGAGGAUGGAUGGAAGUCGUAGCAGCAGUACUAGUAUGUUGAUGUCGAGACUGGAAAAGCUGGAAAUUUGGGUUUCUACCGGAUGCAAAUGGUAACAAUAAUCGCAAUCUACAUUUGGAUAUAAGGAAUGUUCCAUGUUUGUAUUCAUCUGAGGGUUGUCAUCAGUUACUAGCUUUUCUCAAGAAAUUUACAAUAGUUGAUGGUGGCUUUUGGUUGGUUGGAAUAAUAUUUCUAGAGAGGAUGUCACAAUAUUGUAUGUGGACUCCAAUCCAUUGAAAUUGGAGAUUGUAAAAUAUUUAAAAGUUUACCAACUCUUGAUGGCGUCAACAAUCUUUGUUGAAUUAUCUAUUUACUAUUGUGAAGCUUUAUAGUCUAUUUGGAUCAGGAAAGUUGGAGGGGAAGGAGAGGACAGUAAGAGAAAGAAAGUAGUUUUAAUUGUUUGGAUAAAAACUUUUAAUGGAG